GCGCGCUGCGUGAGGGCGGGACUAGUGCGCACGCAGCCUUAGCUCCUUCCCCGCCCUUGCUCUUCCCAGUUUCUCCGUCAGCCUGCGGGUCCCGGCUGGCGGCUGCUUCCGGUAGGAGAGUGGUGUAGGGCGAGCAGGUUUCAGCUCCUCGUCAUGUCAUACGGUCCCUUAGAUAUGUACCGGAACCCGGGGCCCUCGGGGCCCCAGCUCCGGGACUUCAGCAGCAUCAUCCAGACGUGCAGCGGCAACAUCCAGCGGAUCAGCCAAGCCACUGCUCAGAUAAAGAAUUUGAUGAGCCAGCUAGGAACUAAGCAGGACUCAAGCAAGCUACAGGAAAAUCUGCAACAGUUACAACACUCUACAAAUCAGCUCGCCAAGGAAACAAAUGAAUUGCUGAAGGAAUUAGGGUCCUUGCCCCUUCCCUUAUCUACUUCAGAACAGCGCCAGCAGAGACUUCAGAAGGAACGCCUCAUGAAUGACUUCUCUGCAGCCUUAAACAAUUUCCAGGCUGUGCAGAGAAGGGUAUCCGAAAAGGAAAAGGAGAGUAUUGCCAGAGCAAGAGCUGGAUCUCGUCUUUCUGCAGAAGAGAGGCAAAGAGAGGAGCAGCUGGUCUCAUUUGACAGCCAUGAGGAGUGGAACCAGAUGCAGAGCCAGGAGGAUGAGGUGGCCAUCACUGAGCAGGAUUUGGAACUUAUUAAAGAAAGAGAGACGGCAAUUCGGCAGCUGGAGGCUGACAUUUUGGAUGUCAAUCAGAUAUUUAAAGAUUUGGCCAUGAUGAUCCAUGACCAGGGUGAUCUGAUUGAUAGCAUAGAAGCCAAUGUGGAAAGCUCAGAGGUGCACGUUGAAAGAGCCACUGAACAGUUACAGCGAGCUGCUUACUAUCAGAAAAAAUCUCGCAAGAAGAUGUGUAUCCUGGUGCUUGUCCUGUCAGUGGUUAUUGUAAUCUUGGGACUUAUUAUCUGGCUAGUUUAUAAAACGAAGUGAUUGCCUCCGAUCGUUCUCCCGCUGAGCUGUUUUCAAGGGCAAGUGCUUGGUGAAGUCUUGCCAGAACAAACUGAUCACGAGAAGACAGCAUACACCAGAACGUCCUGUAAUCAUUUAGUUAGAAACUAACUACUAACUAGUCUUUGGAAUUAGUGACCUAUGGAGACAGUAUUUAUCAAUUUAUUGAUUCUAUUGAUUUCUCAAAUUAGGAAUUAACUUAUGUGGAUUUUGCUUCCUCUUGUAUUCUGAUUGCCCUUCAUCCCAAGUGUUUACUGAAAAUUCCAUUCUAGAUAUUCUUGUUUUGACAAAUGACACUACAGUCUCGUAAUGUUGUCUUUUAUGUAUAUACAAAAUUUACCUUUUUACUAGCAACUGCGAUAGAGUUACUUUCUGGGACCCAGUAUAUUGGAGUCUAUCAGAAACUGUAUAAUAGGCCACCAGUUUUUAUUAUUUAACAUUUUAAUUUGAAUUUCUAAGAAGCCUAUUCUCUAUUUGGAAAGAUUCUGGCACUAUACUUAAUUGGAAGUUAAAAAAAUUGUACAUGUGAUCCAGAGUAAAUGAGAAGUCUCUAUCUGAGCUGGUCAGUUACUGGAGUACGUUACUAAUCUGGGUUUAAAGUUUACUUCAUUAUCUGCUAGUGUCAUCCACAGCAGUUCAUCCUCAUCCACACUAAGCCAUCUUGUUAGCUUUUAAAAUAAAUUAAUUUAAUUAACAUUAAUAUACUCUAUGGGCUCCCUCUCCCACCUUUCUGCAUAGAAAGGCAGAAUUAGACAUAGCAUGCUUUGGAAAAGCAAAUAGGAAUGGUUGGGAAUGAUUUAAUCUUGUUGUUGUUGUUCACUUGUGGUUCUACAUUCCUGGUGAAUGAUGAAUGUUGCUGUCAAAGGGCUGCCCCCAACCUUAUAAGGGUUGCUGGGCAUUUGAAGGCAGGAAGAUUUUUAAAGAUAGAUUGAGGUUGGUUUAAAAUUAUUCCUGUGAACCAACAAUAAAGCAAAUAAGAGGUUCAUUUUUGUAAAUAAUACUGGUUUCAAAUAGUGAUGUUAGACUUAACCUAAUUUAUAAACAAGAGAUUAAUAUCUCCAUGCAUAGUUUUAGACAAAAAAAGGUGUUUCAAUAAAAUUACUGUCUUGUAAUAUAAAUGUUGUCCACUUCCCUUUUCCACAGGCCUAGAACAGUUAAAGGGAACAUAGUUUGUUUAGGCUCCCACAUAAAUGUGAAUCUGGCCAACAACUUUGGUUCACCCUUUAGUGAAUUAGAGGAUUUGGCUACCCUGAGUAUAUUUAUAUUCAUUUCUUCCAUUCUCCUUCUGUUAUUAUAUUUAAUCUUCUAAACUAAACUAAUGUGAACAGUAGGGAAACAAGGGCCCAAAUGCAUAAGUUUCUUUGCACUCUUGCACUUACUUAAUACAAAUAAAUGUUUUUUAAAGCUUUUGUAGUAUGUUUUUAUGAGUUAACAUCCUAAUGAGGUAGGUAUUAAGUAAUGUGCUGUCAUGAGAAAAAUUGAGACUUCCAAGAAAACUGGAGACCAGGUGUGGGUUGGUUUGGGGAUGGAAUAGGUGUAGCUGCCUUUCCUUGAAAAACAGUGUAGAGAUGGCUGGGCGCAAUGGCUCACACUUGUAAUCCCAACACUUUGGAAGGCUGAGGCGGGAGGGUCAGUAUAUCGGUAUGUCUGAGCCCAAGAGUUCAAGACCAGCAUGGGCAAUAUAGCAAGACCCCAUCUCCAUUUUUUUUUAAAUGAUUUUUUAAUUUAAAAAAAGUACAGGAUAGAGCUGUUGGGGUGGCACAGUGACCCAAAGAGCAGCUUCAGAGAUAAUUCCUUGGUUCUAUGACCACUUUUUAACUCCAAAUUACAGUCAGACUUGGACACAUCAUUUGUAACAUUAUAGGAAAGAAAAAAGUCUUGGUUGUGAAAAACGAUUGCAUUUGGGUAAAAUAAAGUGACCAUGCUUCUGUUCUGUAA